AUGGUCUCAUCCAGUGACGGUCUGAAUUUGCCAAUUUCGAAUGAACAAUGUGUGCUGGGGAAUAGUGGAUUGCUUGGGUUUGAAGCCCCCACCCCGAGACAAAUUCUGAGGAUUACGCUAAAUUUAAAGUAUUUGAUUGAUAAAGUUGUGCCUAUUGUUUAUGAUCCUGCUGAUAUCGUUUGCGACCAUUCUGAAAUUUUAUCUCCGAAAGUUAUGAAGUUGGCAUAUGAGGCAUGUGGUGGGAAUCCUGAGGACAAGACCAAUAGCAGGAAAUAUCAAUCGGUCAUUAUUUUUUCGCUUCUGAAAGUUUGUGAGUGGUAUUCUAUACUGGCAGCUAUGGAGGUGCAUAAUGCUAAACUUUAUGAAACUAGAAAUCUGGCUUCACAGCAGUUAUGUAAACUGCUAAUUGAAAAAGAGGUAACAAGAGAUUUGCAGUUCCUCUUCAUGCAAUUGUUGUCACGCCGGUACGUGAUCAACGAAAACGACGAAGACCAAGACCCCUUGAAUGCGCUAGAGCUGGCCACAGAUAUGCACUGUACUACAGUGAUAGGGUCUAGUGGAUUCCAACGCUGUUUGAAGUGGAUAUGGAGAGGUUGGAUCGUCCAGAAUGGCCUGGACCCCACAACUUUUAUCAAGGAGAAUUCACUGGCAGAGGUUUCUGUGGUUUCCCAUUUCAAUCCGAAUAGACUGAAGGCGCCAGUAUAUCAAAAUUACCUGCAGAUGACAUUUUCGUUCUUGUUUCUGGGGCUUUACACUUUGGUAGUCAAUGGUAAAGACUCUGAAAGGGUUCAAUCUUUCGAUUUGUGGGAAAGUGUAUUUUAUGUUUUUAACACGGGUUUCAUUUUGGAUGAACUAAAUAAACUCUAUUACGUCGGCUAUGCACAUUUAUCAUUUUGGAACUUAUUCAAUGACGCCACAUAUUUGAUAAUUGCCUUGGCUAUGGGGUUCCGUGUAAUGAGUGUAACCCCUCUCGAUGCAAAAUACUCUUCAGAAGAUUGGGAUAAAAUCUCAUACAGGGUAUUAUCAUGUGCAGCGCCAUUUGUGUGGUCCAGACUGUUACUCUACCUUGAAUCACAAAGAUUUAUUGGUAUUAUGUUGGUUAUUUUAAAGCACAUGAUGAAAGAAUCCAUUGUCUUUUUCUUCCUUCUAUUCUUGAUAAUGAUUGGAUUCACUCAGGGCUUCUUAGGUUUGGACUCCGCUGAUGGUAAAAGGGAUAUCACCGGUCCAAUCUUGGGUAACUUAACAAUAACCGUUUUGGGUCUUGGGAGUUUUGAUGUUUUCGAGGAAUUUGCUCCCCCUUACGCGGCAAUAUUGUAUUAUGGAUAUUAUUUUAUUGUUUCGGUCAUUCUUCUGAACAUCUUGAUCGCACUGUAUUCCACUGCGUACCAGAAAGUUAUUGACAACGCUGAUGACGAGUACAUGGCUUUGAUGUCACAAAAAACAUUAAGAUAUAUUAGAGCCCCCGAUGAAAAUGUUUAUGUCUCUCCAUUGAACCUGAUUGAACUGCUUAUGUCACCUAUUUUCAGUGUUCUUUCGCCAAAGCGCGCUAAAGACCUGAGUUACGCUGUAAUGACAAUCGUGUAUAGUCCAUUUUUGCUAUUCAUUUCCGUUAAAGAAACCCGUGAAGCUAGAAGAAUAAAGUUUAACAGAAUGAAAAGACUUAACGAUGACGCCAAUGAAUACGAUACUCCAUGGGAUUUGACAGACGGUUACUUGGAUGACGAUGACGGUUUGUUCUCUGAUAACCAUAAUUCGGGCAUGAGGGCUACUCAAUUGAAAAAUUCCCGUUCGUUAAAAUUGCAAAGAACGGCAGAACAAGAGGAUGUCCACUUCAAAGUUCCGAAGAAAUGGUACAAAAAUGUUAAGAAAUGCGGCCCUUCCUUCGAGCAGUAUGAUAAUGAUGACAGUGAAGAAUAUUAUGAUAUGGAAGGUAAUGACGACGUCAAAGAACUCACUGAAAAGGUAGAAAACCUGACGGCCAUGAUAACCGAUCUACUUCAAAAAUUAGAUUUGAAGGAGAGGAAAGAAUAG